AUGGAGUGUCAUAUUAUCAGUGGCAAAAAACUAGAUGAAGUGGAUGAAUUUGCAUACCUGGAUACAAUUUUUACUAAAGGUGACCAACUGAAUUCUGAAGAGAAGAAGAAACGAAAGCAGAGGCGAAACAGAACCACCUUCAACAGCAGCCAGCUUCAGGCCCUGGAGAGAGUCUUUGAGCGGACACAUUACCCAGAUGCUUUUGUACGGGAAGACCUUGCACGCAGGGUCAACCUCACCGAGGCCCGGGUCCAGGUGUGGUUUCAGAACAGGCGGGCAAAGUUUCGCAGGAAUGAGAGAGCAAUGCUGGCCAACAAAAACGCAUCCCUCCUUAAGUCCUACUCAGGUGAUGUAACUGCAGUGGAGCAACCAAUCGUACCUCGCCCAGCGCCAAGAGCCACUGACUAUCUCUCCUGGGGAACUGCCUCUCCUUACAGCACUGCCAUGGCUUCUUAUUCUGCUUCCUGUACCAAUGCCAGCCCAGCUCAGGGCAUGAAUAUGGCUAACAGCAUUGCAAAUCUGAGACUGAAGGCAAAGGAAUAUAGUUUACAGAGGAACCAGGUGCCAACCGUGAAUUAGAGGGCAACAACCUGCAAGAUCUAGAAAGAGCAGCCCUGCCUGGGGCAACUGUCCUGCUUUGCCAUUUGUUCAGACCUAGAAAGCACACCAACCCAAGCUGAAGUUUUGCAUUGGGAAUAAAUGCAGGAUCCAAAUGAAUGGGAAACAGCUUCCAAUGUGGCUCUGCUAUUCCCCCACAAAAUAUUGCCAAAGUGCCAAGAAAUCUCUUUUAGCUCAUCAUAGUGGGAGCUUCUUCAGUGAAGGACACAAGGCUUGAAUUCAUCCUAGGAAUGACUGCAAAUCCAAAGUUCACUGAUCCUGCACUUGAACUCUUCUGUUUCUCCCAUUGGACCCUUUUCUUCGGUGUUUGCCCCUCAUCUCUUUUAUUUGAAGCCUUCUUAAAAAAUACUCUGAAAUGUUAUGCCAAAGAUCUUCAUGGUCAUUGAUGCUCUGAUCCAUUCAAAGCACAAGGGAUCCCACCUGAUGUUGUGACCACCAGCAUAUGCCUGAUGCCUUAGCAUCCAAACUUUUAUGUCUAUUGACUAGAACCUCUCCUUCUGUUAGCUGUUUGAAGCCAAUUUUGAUUAUAGAUAAGUGUGUCUCACUGUUUAUUCUGCCACAACCUCUUUGAUAUUGUUAUGCUGGUUUCCAAAGAAACUCUAAAUAUGAAAAUAUGUUAUUUUGAACCAAUUUCUGCCAGUGUAGGAAUGUACAAGUUUUCAAGUCACAUAGAACAGUUCAUCCUGGUGAGAAUGUAUAGGAAUGUGAUUGAGAUAUUACUCUGUGAAUUUGAAAAGCUUGUACAAACUUACAAAUUUUGGAAAACCCAAGGAGCAGAAUCCAGAUGUGCAGGUACUAUAAAUGGAAGCUAGUUUUCAUUGCAAAAAUUAGAGGCCUUAAUCCAAUACAGAGACAGGCGUGCUUAAGCCUAUCGUAUUGGACUAAGUCUCCACAUACUUUCUUUGCUACUUGUUUUGUUUCAUGCCGCACUCAACAGUAUUGUCCUGAAUCAUUUGAUUUAUAUAUACUGUAUAUAUUUAUA